AUGGGCUUCCUAAGCGAAUUGAUAUCCGAUUUUACCGGUGGUGAUAAGCAGCAACAGCAGCAACAGCAGCAGCAGUCAGGCUACUCCCAAUACCCACCCCAACAGCAGCCGCAAGGUUACUCUCAAUAUCCACCUCAACAACACUCUCCACAACCACCACCAGUCUCCCCACCAUGGUAUGCUGAGUGGGAUGGGCGCGAAAACCGCUGGGUCUUCGUGAACCAACACAACGGCGAACGGACUUACCAAUACCCUGGGCCUGGCUACGCGCAGCAGCAGGGUAACUACGGUGCUCCACCACCACAGGGUGGAUAUGGUUACGGACAAGAUGGCUACAGCAACCAGGGCGCAUACCAACAGAGCGCGUACGACCCAACUCGUAGUGGUAACCAGGAAGAGCAAAAGAGCGGCGGUAAUGGCUGGAAGUACGCCGCAGCAGGUGCAGCGGGUCUUGCAGGCGGUGCAUUGCUGAUGCACGAAGGCGACAAGAUUGAAGACGGUUGGGACAGCGCCAAAGCCAACGUCUCGCACGGAGUCGACGAGUUCGGUAACGACAUAAGCAACUUCCCCGAGAACGCCGCAGGAUGGACCGGCGAGCAAGUCGGACGCGUAGAGAACUUUGGCGAUGACGUAGAGCAGAAGUGGGAUAACACCGUUGACAACGUUGAAAACUUCCCAGAAAACGCAGCGGAGUGGACGGGUGAGAAGGUUCAGGAGGUUGAGGAUAUACCGCAGGACAUUGAGAACAAGUGGGAUAACAUGACUGAGGGAGUGGAGCAGUUCGGAGAUAACAUGGAAAACGCGUAUGAUGAGGGCAGGGACGAGCAGAGAUACGAGGACGACUACUGA